GCUCGCUAGCUGGGCUGUGACAAAAAUCUGAGCCAGCAACUGGCACAACAAAGCGUUAAGACUGCCACAAAGUAGCCGAGAUUUAUUUUAUUUUAUUUUAUUACUUAAAGGAGAGAAAGCCGACUCAGUUCUGGACUGGUUAUUUUAUUUUAUCAACAAUAAGAUAAUACCAGUAUCAGGAUUUUUUUUUUGGAUUACACUAAGGGAAGAUAUAUCAAAAGCCCUUCUGGUUAAACUUUUUUCCAGAUCUCACAGUUGCCAAAGUUGCAGAGGGGGCAGUAGGUGUCAUAACUACUGAUUUCUGGAGCUCUAGUGGGGUGUGUACGGCAGUUGAACUGUUGAUGAGGAUUCGGCCUGGGCACUGUCAUGUUUCUUGGACAUGAGAGCGUGACGGAUCCCGCCAUGAACAAGCUGCGUCAGAGCCUGCGGAGGAAGAAGCCCUGCUACGUGCCGGAGGCCAGCCGGCCGCACCAGUGGCAGUCUGACGAGGAGGCCGUGCGCAAGGGCAAGUGCAGCUUCCCAGUGCGGUAUCUGGGGCACGUGGAGGUGGAUGAAUCUCGAGGCAUGCACGUGUGUGAAGAGGCAGUGAAGAAGCUGAAAACCAUUGGAAAGAAGUCUGUGAAAGCAGUCUUGUGGGUGUCUGCAGAUGGUCUGAGGGUCGUAGACGAUAAAACAAAGGACCUGAUAUUGGACCAGACCAUCGAGAAGGUGUCGUUCUGCGCUCCGGACCGCAAUUAUGACAAAGCGUUCUCCUACAUCUGCAGAGACGGGACGACCCGCCGCUGGAUCUGCCACUGCUUCAUGGCCCUGAAGGACUCGGGGGAGCGUCUGAGCCACGCGGUGGGCUGUGCGUUCGCAGCCUGUCUGGAGCGCAAACAGAAGCGGGAGAAGGAGUGCGGGGUGACGGCCUCGUUCGACGCCAGCAGGACCAGCUUCGUCAGGGAGGGGUCCUUCAGGGUCACCUCGGCCACGCAGCAGGCUGAGCGAGAGGAGGUCAUGAAACAGCUGCAUGACAGGAAGAAAGCAGAAAGCCCAUCCUUACCCGCAGACAGUGCCUCCCCCUCCGAGGGGGCUGCAUCUCCCGUGGACAGGACGGAGGCAGGGUACCAGCACGCCAUCCCGCGGCGCCAUGCUCCCAUUGAGCAGCUCGUGCGGCAGGGCUCCUUCCGGGGGUUCCCAGCCCUCAGCCAGAAGAACUCCCCCUUCAAACGGCAGCUCUCCCUGAGGCUGAACGAGCUGCCCUCCACCCUGCAGCGCAAGACUGACUUCCAGGUGAAAAACCCAGUGCCUGAAAUGGAGUCUGGCCCUCCCGACGAAGCGGACAGCAUCAACACUCUCUACUGCCUGAUCAACAGCUCCUUCAGCAAGCCCCCCGAGGAGCCCUUCACCGCCACCACCAACGGCAUCCCGCCACCCUCCAUCCCUGCCCGUGUUCCUGCAGGUCCAGCAGGAUGGGCAGGAGACGCCGCCGGCCAGAUGGGGCACAAGCGAACACCGUCGGAGGCUGAGCGCUGGCUGGAGGAGGUGGCACAAGCCGUCAAAGCUCAGCAGCAGCAGCCACAGCAACAGCAGCCCCCCACCAUGGUGGCAGCUCUGCCAGGCACACCAGUCUCCACCCCGAACGUCAUGCAGCCCUUCCCUCUGGCCUUCGACUCCACCCCGACGCCCGUGGGCAUGUUCAUUCCACCCCCCGUACAGCCUGCAUACAUGCCCAUGCCCACCUACAUUCCUGCACUUGCCAACAGCAUGUCCUACCCCAGCGUCCCCGUGGUUGGCAUCACACCCUCUCAGAUGGUGGCCAACGUCUUCUGCACGGCUACACAAAUGCAGGGCUCAGGGUUGGCGGCAGGCAAGAUGGGUAGCAUUGGUGGGCUUCCCCAGAGCUUCAAUUCACCCGCCUCAGUUGCUGUAGUCACAACCUCCAGCUCCAACCACACCUCCAGCUCCAACCACUUCUCCAGCCCCAUCACAGUCAACGGCACCCCCCCUAACAGCCAGAAUUGCACCAACAACGGCACCAGCAACGGCACAGCGUGGCCUCCUGGCCUCAAGCAGUUGGCAGUGGCCGGCGGUGCCCAGGAGGUCGACCAGUUUGAGGCGCAGUGGGCAGCACUGGAAUCCAAAUCCCAACAGAGAGCCUCCAACCCGUUCUCUAAUGAGCUUCAGAAAACCUUUGAGAUUGAGCUCUAACUGGACAGGCUUGGAGGAAACGUGCGGCCAAAACUAACAACAACGCUUUUGUGUGUUUCUUCUUUUUCAUGUUUUUUUUUAUGUGUCCAUUUAUUAAGAGUUUUAAGGGCGAAGCUGAGAAGUAUAAGUACAUUUGUAGAAAGAAAACGAACAACAAAAAUCAAAGACAGAUUUGCAAGAAUGCCGACUGUAGUGAUGCACAAGGGCCAGUGUGAACCACGCCAGGUACAGCGCGUACUACGCAAAGUGAGCAGCACACACUGAUCAGCUGUAACACUCGAUUGGAAAUUGUGGUCACUGGACUGAGUGUAUGUAUUGAACUAAUGCAUAUGGCGGGACUGUCGAGGAUCUUUUUCAGAAUCUCUGUUUCUAAGAAUUCUGUAUCAAACAUUACAUACCAUUCUAGAAAACACAUUUCAGGUUCCUGAUCGAUUUGUUAACUUCAGACAGUUAAUACAGUUUUAUGUAUAUGCUGCACAUAGUUUUGGUUGGAUUCAUGACAUUCCUAUAAACCCGAUGAUUUUAAACACUAUCCCUUUGGAGCCAAAUCCUUUGAACAGUGUACACAGCAGUCCUGUGGACUACACUGGAAACUUGAUUCGGGACAGAACCUACAGCCGUCUGUCCAGGUACUUUAUUGCUGAGACAGACACUGCCAUGUAAAAUUACUCUGUGUCUGCUAACGCUCAGAAAGACGGAAGUUAUUUUCUGUUUGUUCCAAGCUCUCGUGUUGCAUCAUCACGAUAUUACUCUGUGAUUUUCUACUUAACCAUUGAAGCUGUGGUACUAAUGUUUCCACUCAACAUGUUGUCUUUGACCUCCCCUCUCCUCCACAGACUUGCAGACACAGCCCGUCGGAGUACAGGGGGUCUACAAAGGGUUUAUAGAGGUACAACCAAAUGACUUUGUUUUCUGUUUUUAUUUAUUUUUUUAUUUUAUGGGCUGUGUCAUCUUCCCUGGUUAAUGCGAGCGUGUACGGUACAGGAUAUAUAUUUAAAGUACACAGAACUCGCAGAUCAAUUCCACUUACCAAAUAUGCAUUGCCAUCACUUCGUAGAGCAGCCAUGCCUCGAGAUGAAACGCAUUAUGUUAACGUGUAUUUUAUUUUUAAUUGUAAUUUCUAUUUAACGAGUGAACAAAAAAAUGUAAUCGCCUUUUGCACUCUUUUCAAUGCUGCAUGAAGGAACAUUGAAAGUGUGUGAGUUGCUACAGGAGUUCGAGUUCUUGUAAAUGGAAAAACAAUUCAGAAUGUUUUUAUGCUAUUCUAUAGAAUCAUUUGCAUCACAAUGUAUGUGUAGCAAAUGACAUCUCAUGCACAUUAAUAGAUUUAAAUAGGAAUAAGUGAGUUUAGUUGCCAUGGCAUCAAAAGCCUAUAAAUACCUCCACUGUUUUUUUUCCAAACACACUGAAAUGUUGGGAAGUUGCUCUUUUGAAUAAUUGGAAAAACGUGCUUUCGUUUAUUUCCUUUACGUGACCUCCGAUUCCCAGAUGCUUCACACAGGGGCUUGCCUUCCCACCACCUUUCCUUUCCUGUGACUGGCGUGUUUUCAAAGCUAGCAGCACUUCUUUACAGUGUGAUCUCUUGAAGUAGAAUACACUGCAUCCAGAUAUCUGCAGGGAGCGAUCGAUCACUUUCCUGCACUAAUAGCUUGGAAAACAAUCUUUCAUGUAGACACAUAUGCGAUCUAAGAAAUGAUACAUAAUUCGGUAAGAUUUACAGGAAUUAUUUUGAGCUCUGUGCAUUUUAAGAUGAAUGCACAAGUCUGGCUUUUUGUCACGAGGAUGUGUCCUAUGUAAAUGACAUUGAGUAGCAGCAUUGAACAGGGAAGGUAUGUAAGUCAUAACCCAGCUUUGUCAUUUCUUUCUGUUUUAAAGCCAUGCCCGUGUAUGAUAAUAACUGCCGUAACUACCUGUAUUACAAUAGAAAAAUGCUUCUCUGGUUUACUUUUGAGCACAAGAAACUUUACAAAAUAAUGGAGUUGAAAGAUGGAGUUUCUGGCAUGCAUCUGCAUUGUUUCAGAAUCCUACCACAGCUGCAGCCAGCAUGGCUAUAGAGAGCCGUGUUAUUAAUAGUGCCACAGGACAGCAGCACUAUGGCUUAUUUAUUCAGGCAACAGUGUCCUUUGGGAAAAGCUGGACACUAUUCACAAAGCGUUAACCCUUUCAUACACAUAGCUGUUUAAAUCUUUACAGCCUCAUAUGAGGACAUGUGUGUGAAUGGAUUAAGGAAUGUUUUAAGGAAUGUUUUUUUAAGGCCUAUUUUUGAAGAUGUGUUUAUAAACAUUCACUAAACACUUCUAACUCUCCCUAAAACAGUUAGAGGGUCAUAAGCUGUAAACUUGUUUGAGAUAAAAAUCUAAAUGGGUUUUAAAAACAGCCCUUAACAGAACAUUUCUAAAAACAGAUUUUGUGGAGUGCAGGAUGUGUCCUAUAGCCUGGACGUCACCGGUUCGAGUCCAGGCUAUUCCUCUGCCGACCGAGGACGGGAGCUCCCAGGGGGCAGCGCACAAUUGGGCGAGCACUGCCCCGGGGGGAGGGAGGGUUAGGUCAGCCAGGGUGUCCUCGGCUCACCGCGCAUCAGCGACACCUGUGGUGUGGAUGGGCGCCUGCGGGCUUGCCUGUAAGUUGCCCAGGGCUGUGUUGUCCUCCGAUGCUGUAGUUCUGGAUGGCUGCAUGAUGAGUCUGCAGUGUGUAAAGAAGCGGUCGGCUGACGGCACACGCUUCGGAGGACAGCAUGUGUUUGUCUUCACCACUCCCGAGUCAGCGCAGGGGUGGUAGUGGUGAGCUGAGCCUAAAAAAUAAUUGGACAUUACUAAAUUGGGGAGAAAACAAUAAAAACUAAUUGACGACUACUAAAUUCUAAAAAAAAAAAAAAGCAGGUUUUGUGAAUAUGGCCUAUUGUCAGCUCAGCAGGCACUGAGUACAUGAGAAGAAGUCACUGCUUAUGGGAAACAUGCUAGAAACAGCUGGUUUAUUAGAGCUCAGAUGUAAAGAGUCUUGACUUUUAACAUUGAGUUCCUAAAAAGUCCUGAAGUUGGCCUUCAGUUUUCAAUCAAUAUUUUUUUUAUUUUUUUUAUUCAUGAAUAUGCAUUAUUUUAAGAACCUUGGGGGGAAUUCGCAGCGUGUUUUGCUCCAAAUCGUCAUUAGCACCAUUUAAAGAAAAACCUGGUAAUGUCACAAAACUAGAAAUAAACAACUCUGAACACCUAAAAGCCACUGAAAUUCAUGAACUGCUUGUUAAUUUACUGUUUGUACCUCAAUGGGUGUUUUUCUCUUUAUAUACAAUGGUGCUAAAGACACUUUGGAGUUAACGGCACUGUGUAUUUCAACCAUUGCUGUAGUAGAAUUCAAGCUGGAGUUUUGUACAGGCCCCAGAAAGCAACGUAGCCUUUGAAGCUUACAUAUAAAAGGCACUUCUCUUUACUUACGAAACCAAGGCUUGGGGUUGGCAGCUAGGUUGCCAUGGCAGCCACUAGAAUAUCCAUUUCCUGAUCUGUUCAGUGGUUCUGCUGCAAAGCAAGCUCCCAACGACCCAGAGGGACAUCCUGUAUAUUACAAACCCUUUCUUUACCCAAACACAUGAUGUUUAUUGGAGCAGUAGUGAUAGAAUACGUUUCAGUCAAAACAUUUGAAAUAACAGUCUGACCAUUUGUAUUUGAGUUUACUGUUCAUUUUAGGUUCCAUUGGGUAUAAUUGGGUCUUGUUAUACAUUUCCAUUUUGUUUGUAUUUUUUUGUACCCUGUUUAACUUUUUGUACCCUGUUUAACUUAAUUGCCAAAUGUGUUGUUGUUGAUUUAUUUGCUCCCCCUCAAGCGCUGAUGGGAGGCCGCACUGUGGUUGAUCCCCGGAGCCAGCAUCGCAGCCGUUGUGUGUGCUGAUGCGCCAGGGAGGCAAAAUAAGCUGAUCCCUGGAGCCAGCAUUACACUUCAGCCAUUAACACCAGACAGAAGGAUAUCUACAUCAUCAUAUGGAAGGAAACGUAAAUGGAUGGAGACACAUAUGGAUCACAUUAGUUUACUGUAAAGUUACGUCUUAGUUGGUGCUUAUCUUGGCGAGAGCCGAGUUCAAAUCAGCAUGAAGUUUUAACAUCUACUCUCGUGUAAUGGAAAUCAUGAAUUAAUAUAUAUAUAUAUAUAUAUAUAUUGCGUAGCUUUGUGUAUGUAACUGAAAGUAGGCACCAUUUUGUAUUCAAGGGUAAUGUAACAGGUGUCAAUAGGUAUAGACACAGCAUCUUAGAAAAUACCCUUUUUCUGUUUGCUUGUACAUAUGCUUCAGAUGGACACAUCCUUAACUCUCUUUUUGUAAUUAUUUUUAUUUUUAAGUCAGUGAUGUAGAAGUCAUGGUUAGUGUUUUUGGGGAUACAAAUUCAUUUCUAGGUAUGUCUUGCUCAAACAACGGUUUAGACACAAGAUCGGUAGGAGACCUCGUCAGUUAGUUUGCGCACCUUGCCAUAUUGGUACAUUAGCAUGCCCACCUUGCCAUAUUGCCUCAGUGACGAUAGACUAGCAGCUCUACCCCCACCCCCACCCCCACCCCCACCCCCACCCCCUCCCCCUCCCGAAACAGGAAACCGGGAGGAUACUUUAUAAGAGACAAGCUACAGGGAAGGAUGGGGUUUUGUUCCUUGCUGAAAACAUUUCUCAUGUAUAUAGCCAUCUUCAAGAAUUGCCUCAUCUUGAGCCAUUUGGCUUUGAAUAGUAGCCACACAGAGAAACAUUUCUGCUGCUAACGAAAUGUAUUUUUCAGAUUAUCGGCAGACUUUUGUAUAAGUUCUCUCAGCAGCACAUGCCAACCCCUGUGAUUUUUCUAAGUUCCUCGUUGCACCUCCUCAGAUGUCUGCCUCGCUCUCUCAACCAAUACUGCAGCUGUUAGCUAUCUUCAACUGAACCAGACUUGCACAGACUGGACCAAUUGGAAUAGCUUGCAACGCAUGCCUCAAACAGUUGGCAGCUGAAAUCAGAGAGUGGUUACUGUGGAAAAACAGAGAGGAGUUGGGAGUUGAAACAUGUAGGUUUAAAAUGAACAGAGAUUGAGGAAGAUUUGAAUGGUGUAGGCUUUGUUUAUGGCACCAUUCCAGUUGACUUUUCUUUGUAUAUUCAUUAAAGUCUGUGGAAGAUCAUUUCCAGCUCUAAGAA